UGGUACUUUAUUCCUGCCAUUAACGGGAAGAGGGGAAAUCUUCCUGUCCAUUGGUCGGUCUGUCUGUCUGUCUGCCCAAAAUAAUCAUGUAGGAUAAAGGCUCCAUUGGGAGAUAUUGAAAUUGAAAGUUUUCAGGGACCUCCUCCUCCCCUGGAGGACAUGAGCCAUGUGUUGCAGCAGCAGCUUCACCCAGGCAGCCGUCUCACAUCACCACCUCCCUCUUCACAUGAUGAUAAACUUGUGGACACAGUUCUGCCUGCAAGGACUGAUGAGCAAUCAAGAACAAAAGCAAGAGUCUCUACCAGCAAAAAAGUGUCUUCAGCCAGCAGUGGGUGUUUCGGUGGGCUCAAGAAAGGCUUCCUGUCUGCCAGCCCUCCCUCUUCAACACACACUAAAGCACACAGGACAGUGUCAGAGGAAGAUCAGAUGCCAUUUCUUCAAAAGAACUCACAAACAAACUCCUUACACCUUCCUGAGGUUGAGCAAGCAAUGAAACAAACACACUCAUCAUUUGAUAACAAAGAUUUUGUUACAGAUUCAUUAUUGGAGAAAGUUUCAAGAAAUAAAAUCCUAUCUAAGCACCUUGCUGAUCCCAUGUUCUCCCAAGCUAUCACAGAAUUUCAGACAAAUCCCCAGGCAGCUCUCAUCAAAUACCAACAUAACAAGGAAAUCCAGCUUGUCUUCAAAGAAUUCUGUGAAUUGAUGGGUAAUCAUUUCUCAGAGUUUGGUGGAGAUGGAUCGCAACAUGAUGCACCAUCUCAGUCUCCCCAGCCCCAGCCCCAGCCCCAGCCUCAGCCCUGUGAUGAGGACAUGCAGCAAAUGCAGCAGAUCCUGGCGGAUGCCGAAGUACGGGAGAUCCUCAUGGACACCGACAUUCAAACACUUCUCACAUGUCUGAAAACUGAUCCACAACAAGCACAAAGAUUUGUUCACCACGGCGGUUCAGACAUGAAAGCCAAGAUCAACAAAUUGAUCAAAGCAGGACUUCUUCAAAUGGAGCCUGUUUGAUAUUAAAUUAUUGUUUGAAAUAAA